GAGAGAGAGAGAGAGAGAGACUUGGCUUCUACUGGAUUUCAGAGCUUUCUCUCCUUAUCAGUCUUGUGGGACAGAUCUGCCGCUCUAUUUCUGUAGGCAGCUAAGGACUGGUGAGCGCGCGCAGGGGACACAAGCGGUAAGGCUGGAGGAGGGAGAAACACCUUAAAGCUCAAUGCUCGUGACCGAAAGCAAGCGUGUCCCCAUGGCGUGUGAUUGAGAAAAUCCUGUUCAUUGGCGUUGGUUGGGAGGGAGAGAGAGAGGGGAAUAUUGAACUAUGGCCGGAGAGACGCUGCGCUUGUGCGCGUUUGUAAUGUGCGCGAUCCACGCGAGCUCGGGAUUUAACAUUGACACGCAGUUCCCGGUCAUCAAAGAGGGAAAAACCAAAGGCAGUUUCUUCGGCUUUUCAGUGGCAUUACACAAACAGACGGGGAAAAUCAAGCAACACUUGUUGUUGGUCGGGGCUCCUCAAGAGAAAGCACAACCCUCCCUCAGCAAGUUUAACAUCAAUCAGACCGGAGCUGUGUAUUCCUGUCCCAUCACCACCGCCCGGGAUGAUUGCAGGACCAUGGAUCUCAUCACUCCACCACAAUCCACAGAGAUGGUGGAGGGUAUGUGGCUGGGAGUCACUGUGGCCAGUCAGAAGAAUGGAGGACGUGUGCUGGCGUGUGGUCACCGCUACGUCAAAAUACUUCUGGGUGCAGAAGAACAGCAACGCAUGGUGGGCAAAUGUUACGUGCGAGGCAAUGACCUGAGCUACGACCCGUCCGAUUACUGGCAGUCUGACACUUACGAGCUGUGCGACUUCAACUAUGACCAGAAUCUGGAGGGCAUGUGUAAUAUGGGCAUCUCAGGGGGGAUGACGGAGAGCGACGUGUACUUCGGGGCACCGGGCAGCUUCGUGUGGCAAGGUAACGUCCACAUGAAAUGCAGAGACACCGACUUGGAUUUCGAGGGGGAUGCCGAUGAGAAAAGCUUCAGAAAGCUGGGCGAGGACCGGCUCAACAUUUACAUAGGUUACUCAGUGCUGGAGGACACAAAGUUACUGCAUCGCUCAGAGUACACUGUGGUGACGGGGGCUCCCAGAGACGGCUUCAGGGGUUCUGUCAUCAUGGCACAGAAAACCGACAGAGACCUGACUCUUCACCCACUGAACAUUUCAGGGGAACAGAUAGGCUCGUACUUCGGCAGCAGCCUGGCGGUGACGGACCUCAACAAUGAUGACUGGAACGACCUGAUUGUCGGUGCUCCGUUCUACUUUGACCGCUACAAUGAGGAGGGGGGGGCCGUGUACAUUUACAUGAAUGAGAAUGGAUCCUUCCGCGAAAAUGCCAGCGUGGUUCUGAAGGGAAGGAAGGGUUCUGGGUUUGGAUUCGCUGUGGCCGCAGUGGGAGAUGUCAAUCAAGACGGGUUUCAAGAUUUUGCUGUGGGUGCUCCUUUCCAAGAUUCUGGAAAAGUCUACAUUUGGAUGGGGGAUAAACGUGGAAUAACUAAGGAACCCAGUCAGGUGAUAGAGGGAAAAUCUUUGGUCACCGGAGGCUUCCAGACGUUUGGUUACUCUCUGAAUGGAGGAAUGGAUGUGGAUGGGAAUGAUUACCCUGAUAUUGUCGUGGGAUCUCUGGAUGACCACGUUGCUCUUUUGAGGGCACGCCCCGUUAUCCACCUCUCCAAAAUCUUUACAGUGGAGCCAAAGAUUGUGAUUCCAAGCCAAUGUGUUGUUAAUUCCUGUAUAAAGGUGAAGGUGUGUUUCAGCUACAUCCUCAGCAAUGGAAACAAAGCCUUUAAGAAGGACAUCCCUGUGAGGUACACAGUGGAUGCUGACCAUAAUCGCCGCGGCGCCCGAGUCCGUUUCCUUGACAACAAGCAGAGCACAUUCACAGGCGUUCUCUCUUUCUCUGCUCCCACAUGUAAAGAGCUGGAGCUCAGUGUUAUUACCCCUGUACUGGACAAACUACAGCCUAUAGUCUUCACUCUGAACGUGUCACUAGAUGAACAGAAAACAACAGCACAACAAACAUUACAGAACCUAGACGCCUUUCCUGUGUUGAGCGGCCAGCAGACACUGACGGACAAAACUGAGAUUAACUUUCAUAAGGAGUGUGGUGCUGAUAACAGGUGUAGCAGUAACCUGCAGCUCCGGGCCACGUUUGCAGAUGAGAAUUACGUUCCCUUUCCAGGUCAGAUGAUGGAGUUCAACAGUAACAUAAAGAAGCUGGUGAUGAUGGUGGAGGUCACAAACGUGGCAGAUUCGGUCAGAGAGGCUGAGGACGCGCAUCAGGCCAAGCUCAACGUCACCAUUCCACACACGCUCAAGUACUCGGGGGUCCGAUCUCAGUCUGGUUUUGAUGUCGAGUGCACCGCAGACGAUGCUGUUCUAUGUGAUCUGGGAAACCCAUUUAAAAGCGAUCAGAAGGCUUCACUGAUAUUCAUCUUUGAAACAUCUGGAAUCACGCUUUACACAGAGCUCAUCGACUCUCAGCUUCAGCUCUCCACUUUUAGUGAGCAGAAAGAACUUCUUCCUGUUCCUGUGACGCUCAAAGUCAAGAACACCAUCCUCUCUUCAUUCUCCUUAGAAAGGCCAGUGGUGGACACGUCCUUCAGUGGAAAUGUGGUUGGAGAGUCUGCCAUGAGAAGCAUCAGUGAUGUGGGGAGUCCAGUAGAGUUUGUGUUUCAUGUGAGUUUGUGUUACAGUUUGCCUGCCUUUUUCAGGGCCGGCACUAGGCAUGGGCAUGGGCAGGGAUGGGCUGAACCCACCUAA